UGCCCUUUAGAUCUAAUCCAAGGUUCUGUCUGCUUUGUGGAACAGACAAUAUUAGCAGAAAUGCAUCCAGUAGUUAUCUUAGUAUCUUAGUUACCAGGGAGUAUCUUAGUUACCAGAGAGCCACCCACGUGAGUCCAGGUGAACUGUGUCAGGUAAUGUGAGACCUUGAGAAGCAGAGGCUGUGCGCUGAACUGGUUCUGAAAGGCUGAGCUCCUCCAUUUCCUCCACUCUAACAGACAAGUGAACACUGGACCAGGCUGACAGACACACAAACAGACACAGACAUACAAAGACUACUGGGAUGCCGCUGUGGAAAAAAAAUCGCCCUUCUUCAGCUGCUGGGAAACUAGAGGCUCAGAAUGUGUCCAGCGUCUUUGCUGAGCUGGGGAGUGCAGGAGAGCGAGGGACUAAGAUGUCGGGGCCAGAGCAGCGGGGAGAGAGAUCGGACCCUGGUGUCGUGAGGGUGUACCUGGGGGCCGUGUCAGAGGACAGGCCACCUCCUAAGUGGCUGGAGCGUGAGCUGCUGAGACAGGAGAACCGUCGCCACUCUGUUACCAUGGGAGACCAGAUCAAACUGAGGUCACGACUACUCUACAGUGACGAUCCCACACACAGCCUCAGCAAGCUCAAGAUUGAGCAGAGAGUAUCCCUUGAAAGCCUGACAAAGCUCAAACUGGCAUUUGAGGAAUUUGAAAUGGGUGGCCAAAGAUCACUGGAUGUGUUGAACUUUGGACUGAUAGUGAAGAAGUGUUUGGGCUUACACAACAUAAACAAUGCCCAGAUCCAAGAACUAUUCAUGAAGAUCGAUUAUUCUGGCCAGGGGAGGAUUGAAUGGGAUGAGUUCUGUACGUACAUGCAGUUGGAGUACACAGAGAAGGAGGAGUCAGUGUUGCGCGGCAAACAGGUGGCAUUCUCCCUGCCAGCCACGGUCAGGGCCCUAAGCCACGGAGAGCCCGUUCUGCGCGUCCACUCCACCCCCGAUGGCACCAUCAUCACCGUCCGCGAGGAUGGGGCUGUCUACUACUGGAGCCCCGAGCUCAACCUGAAGAGGAGCAAGAGCGUGUUUGUGUGUGUGUGUGUGUGUGUGUGUGUGUGUGUGUGUGUGUGUGUGUGUGUGUGUGUGUGUGUGUGUGUGUGUGUGUGUGUGUGUAUGUGUGUCAGUGAGUAGUUUUGAAGUGUGAGGAAGUAGACUUGGCCUUUUUUUAUGUAGGACCACACCCUUCUCAGAGGGUGUGGUCCUAGUUUGGUCCUAAUUUGGAAAUGUCAUAGUUUGGAAAUGUGUUUUGAAUUUUGCAUCAAUUAAAUUCAAUGAUUUGCUUUGAAUGCAGCAUGAAAGACCUGUGAGCAGAAAACCAAAAUGGGCAACUGAUUUUAUCACCAUGCCACAGUACAACAAACUUAUCAUGGGAACAGGAGACAGAGAGAUCCAGUUGUAUGAGCUGUCCUCUCUAGAGCCGUACUGUCAGAUCAGUUCCCUGGAGACAGUCCCUCUGAGACUGGACUACUGCUACACCGGACCUGAUGAGUGUUCUAUUUUGUAUGGAGACUCCCAGGGCUGCGUGAAUAUCAUAUUAAUUACCUCCGUGGGGGAGACUCUGAGAAUGUGGAAGAAAUUACCAAAAAUUGAGAAUGUGCCUAACAUCGGGAUAGACAACGCAAUGCUUUCUCAGAAUGUGACAUACAUUCGAUGGAAGGUCCACCAGGACUGGGUGACAAAGGUGAAAUAUUUUCCAGACAUUUGUGCGAUUGUUUCCACCUCCAAUCAUGAAGCCUCUUCCCUCGUCAUAGGCUGCGUUCUCCCGUCCACCAACAUCGAGCAGCAGAUGAGGGAAAUCAGGGAGGUGUGUCGGGAUGGGAAGGCCAAGAGAGCCCUUUCUAAUAACAAUGGGUCUCCUCAGCCCCGGGCACCAUGUGACCAGACCGUCUUCAAUGUCUACAAGGGCGUCAUGACCUUUGACCUCAGCAAACAGCACAACCUGCUGGUGACCGGAGGGAUGGACAGGGUGCUACGUCUGUGGAACCCCUACGUCCCUGGGAAGCCCACAGGUGUGUUAAAGGGACACUCUGCUCCCAUCUUCUACCUCUUCAUCUCCUCAGAGGAAAACCGUAUAUUUUCUGUCUCUAUGGACAACACUGCCAAGAUAUGGGAUAUCCAUGACCAAAUCUGCCUCUUCACAGCCCACCCCAAAGCCAGCCUCAUCCGUGGAGACAUGUCUGCAUGCCUGUAUUCUCCUUCCAUCAAGGCACUGUACAUCGCAGCUGACUCACUAGCGCUGCUCUCUCUCAGGACCAGCCCCCAGCCCCAGGGACAUCUGAUCGUGUCUCACAUGGAGCCUGUGUUGUGCUGCGGCUAUAGCCACGAGUUCAGACAGGUCGUCAGCUGCACAGAAGGAUCCGUGGUGAAGGUGUGGGAUUUCGACACAGGGAGCCAUGUGUUUGAAUUUGGUGGUGCCCACGGACAGUCUGCCAUUACCUGUAUGACUUUUGACCCCAAGGGAAGGAGACUGGUCACUGGGGGGAGAGAUGGCAUUCUAAAGAUCUGGAACUUUAACAAUGGUCAGUGUCUGAAGAUACUAAAAAAAGAUGGGGAGUCCAACGAGGUGUGUGACUGCACCUACCUGACAGUCCACAGAAACACGUAUGUGAUGUCUGUUGGAUGGGACCGCAGGAUUAAUGUCUACUCUGAUUCACCAGACGAGCCUCACCACAUCCAGAAGCCUCAGCCCUCAUGGCAAGACGAUCUGAGGAGGGGCCACAUAGAGGACAUCCUGUGUGUGGCCCAGUGUCCCCCCUCCCUUCUAGCCACCAGCAGCUAUGACGGGGAGGUCAUUGUGUGGAACCUGGUCUCCGGACACAUCCAGUGUCGCUUUGCCAGCCCUCUGCAACCUGACUGCUGCCAUGCCCAAGGGAUGGAUACCUGUGUUCCCAGCAUCAUCUUCCUGAGGAGCCGAGCAUUACAUGCUAAGUUCUCCUCUGCUGCAUGCCUCCUGUCCUCAGGACCCACAGGUUGCAUUCAUUUCUGGAACGUGCUCAACGGUGGGAAAUUAUUGGCCAACUUCGAGGCAUCUAGGUUCCAGCAGCUGAUCACUAAACUGGCAGUGACAAAGGAAGACACCUCACUGUAUGCGGCUGAUCAACUUGGCUAUGUCUAUGUUUAUGACAUAAAGACAUACGCUCUUGGCUCAGAGAGAACCCCACCGAGAGCUGAAAACUACUGGCGUGCCCAUACUGGCAGCAUCACUGGGUUGCAGAUUGUUGACGAUGACCAAGUACUGCUCACCUCGUCUAUAGACUGCACUGUGCGCCUGUGGAGUGCUGACGGAGAGUUCAUAGGGACGUUUGGGCAGCGGGACAAUUGGAGCAUCCACACCCCUUCCUCCUGGAAGCAUCCUGCCGUUCCCUAUGAGAUCCUGAUCGACCCUCUGAGUAUGCCAGCUCACCGCAUCCUGGAGGGAGAGACCAGAGUGUCCGAUGUCAAUAACGCUGACAACUCUGAGGCCACUAGCACCGAGCAAAAGUCCAACUCGCCCAGCAAGCUUAGACACCCUCCACUGUCCUUCAGCGACACAGACAUCAUGGAGGAGAUGAAAACCUCUUGUUACACAGAAGAACAUGGGAAACGACUCCGACAUGAAAUAUUCAAGCAUACUAACAAGCCACCCAAUCAUGGCGGACCCAAGGCCUACCACACUCUCAAGUACUUUGAUAUCGUCGACACCCCAGCCACCUGCGAGAGGCCUGAUCUUUCCCUGGCUGGCAUAGAUCCUUUCAUGUCCAGCUUUGUGGAGCAGGAGUUGACUGAAUUCCAAUAAGAUCCCAAUUGUAACAGGAACUCAAACUGUGACCAUAGGUCCUGUGCACCAUGAACUCAACAUGCUUCAAGGACAGAGGAGUUACAACACCAUCACAAGUAAUCAGAAGAGCUGAAAUGUGAGCUGUUGCACAACUUUAAAGAGUUGCACAGUACUGGAUUGAUUAGGGGAGACCGGGGUUUGUUGUAACACUUUUUUACUAAUUAGUGUAUUUCUCAGCACCAGUAUAUCUUACAAGACUAUUUUCAAUAAGAUUAAGACCAAGGUCUUGGGUUGAAUUGGGGACCAUUUAUAUCCUCUUAUAUUAUUCCAACAUGGAGUUAUAAGCCAUUAAACAUUCUCUGUCCACUUGUGACAACCUGGGCCCAGAUUUACAAAACACUUCUUACGCAAGAAUGUAAGAAGCUUCUUAAGAAAAAAAAAGUAAAUAAGAUAGUUCGUAAGUGCAAUUCCUCAACAAUAUCUUAAGAUGUAAUGAUUUUCUUACGAACUUCUCAAAUAUCUAUUUACAAAUCUUCUUAACCUGUCUGGGAACGGAGUUCACAGCCAGUGAAAUUGCAGGGCGCCAAAUACAAAUCAACAGACAUCUCAUGAAUCAAAUUUCCCAAACAUACAAGUAUUAGGCACCAUUUUAAAGAUAAAAUUCUCGUUAAUCCAGCCACAGUGUCGGACUUAAAAAAUGCUUUACAGCGAAAGCUCCACGAACGAUUAUGUUAGGUCACCA